AUGACGAGGAGUAAGGUGAAGCUUGCUUUGAUUUCCAACGAUGCUUCGAGGAAAAACACCUUUAGAAAAAGAAACAAAGGUCUGCUGAAGAAAGUGAACGAGUUAUCGACUCUAUGCGGUGUCCCUGCAUGCGCCAUCAUCUACAGUCCAUACACCACCAAUCCCGACGUGUGGCCGUCAAAUGCCGGCGUGCACAGCGUUAUUUCGGAGUUCCGGGCGUUGCCGGUGCUGGACCAACAGAAGAAAAUGUUGGACCAAGAGGCGUUCAUCAGACAACGCAUAGCCAAAGCUUCCGAGCAGCUAGAAAGAGAGUAA